AUGGACCUCUGCCCGCAUCAACUGGCAGCGUCGGCGCCCCCAGCUGUCAUUGGCGGGGUCGCCCUCUUCUUCGUGUCUGUCCUAACUCUUUGCUCCGUGAGACCUGUGUAUCGUAGAUCCCACCGAUCGGAGAUUCCAUACCGAGACCAAGAUGGAUCUGCAACAGCCGAGUCCGAGAAGAAAGCGCUGACAGCAGGGAGAAAUGCUAGCGGUUGCGCUCUACUUGUCAGCUCCGUGGGGCUUGCCGCCAGUGCCAAUGGUGGAUUGAAAGGACUACCAAGGCUACGAGAAUCGGGAUUUGGAAGAGAGGCGUUGGAUUUUAUUCUCCUUGUCCUGAUUUCGAUUCAGGUUGCUUCCACCUACUCUGCUAAGGCUUGCUCUGAGCGCUAUAGAUUAGCGCGCGCAACGGUACUGAGUUCCGCCAUUGCCCUAAUCUGCGCGGUGUCCGCUGCUUCAACCAAGGAGACUGGGCCACAUGAGUUGGCAAAAUUUGGUCUUCUGGCAAUGCUUGCCAUUAUACUGUCAUGUGUCCCAAAGAAACCCAAGAUCUAUCUGCAAAAUACUGCAGUAGUGAACCGCAAUGGCGCCUCUCUCUUGUCAUGGAUCACCUUCUCGUACGGUUUCUUGCAUCAAAAGUCCACCGCUCGCCUCCCCACAGAACUCAGUUUGGACAAUGUCCCCGCUGUAGACUCUUCGUUUCGCACCGAAACUCUGCGUAAGCGAUUUGGCGAUGUCAGAGCUGGCGAUAGAAUAUGGCUUCGCUUGCUUCGAUUCUGCCAAGGUCCUCUUUUACUUCAGUGGUCGUUUGUAUUGCUCAAGGCCAUAGCGGAGUUUGGGAGCCGAUAUGCGCUGUUCAAUUUGCUUCAAGGCAUGGAGAACAAUGAUGCACCGGGCUCCAACUCUGAACUCUGGAAAUGGGUGGGUGUUAUGCUUUUGGGCAUGCUGUCGGGUGCAGUCGCAGAUUCGUGGCUAUACUGGGUUACCUCCGGUGUACUGCACGCGACGGUCGUGUCGGCACUCGACGCAUUAGUAAUUGGAAAAAUGAUGCGGAGAGAAGAUAUGAACGACUCAAACGAGAAGUCCGACAAGUCAUCCAGUAGCGGAGAGAUGUUCAGAGAUACAUGGUCCAUUGCGAGAGCCGUCUUGGAUGACUACCACUUCCCUUUGGCUGCACUGAAGAUCUUGCUCGACAUUACUUACCUUUGCCGUCUGCUUAGCGUCAGAAGCCUGCUCAUCGGCAGCCUCUUCCCUGUCGCUACGACACUUCUCUCCAAACGCUUGGCCCAACAGCACCAAGCGCUUCAAAGAGGCCAAGUCGCAUCGCAGCGCAAAAACACCAGUUCUCUCAUCGAAAUGCUUCAGACGCUCCACCAUAUCCGUCUCUCAUCCCUGGAGCACCUCUGGAACCGUAAGCUCCUGAAUUCCAUUGCGGACAUGCAGCACCAUCGUUGGGAGACCACCAUCGCUCUUGAGAAGCUCAACUUCUUCUCUAAUCUCGGCCCCAUUCUUCUAGCUUCUGUCGCUAUAUCGGUCCAUACAAUUGAAAGCGGCCAGCUGAGUCCUGCUGUGGCGUUUACAGCACUGAGCUUUUUUAGCAACCUGCAAGGCAUUUUCGCAGAGCUUCCCGCCAAAGCCGCGACACUUCACAAGUCAUGGAUAAGCCUUCAGGGGCUACAAAAGUUCGUGAACUAUCCGGACCAGAUCAAAUCAGCAGUGGUCACCGAUAAGGUGAUUUUGGAGGCGGCCUCUUUGGCGUGGCCAGGACAAACUGGCAGCGACAAAAAGGCGUCUUUUGAGCUUACGAGCGUUGACCUCUGCUUUCCGAAAUCCGAACUUAGUGUUAUUGUAGGGCCGGUUGGGUCUGGCAAAAGCUUACUAUUAUCUGCACUGCUGGACGAAGCUUCCAUUACAGCUGGGCGGCUCGGGAGGCCCAGCGUUGGUGAAGCUGUUCAAGAUGGCUUGGUACCAGGGUCGACUGCCUACGUUGCGCAGCCGCCGUGGAUUGACAACUGCUCAAUUAGAGACAACAUCGUGUUUGGAUUUUCGUUUAAUCAAGAGCGCUAUGACAGAGCUCUACAAGCUUGUGCUCUCAUCCAAGAUCUUGAGUCCCUCGCAGAUGGCGAUACGACGAUCGCAGGAGCCGGGGGUUCCUCCUUGAGUGGCGGCCAGAAGUGGCGCGUGGCCCUAGCAAGAGCAUUCUACUCCCCAGCAGAACUUCUGAUCCUCGAAGACGUUCUUGGAGCGGUUGAUACACCGAUAGCGAAUUGGAUUUGCAGGCACGCACUCGCAGGUGAUGUUGCGACAGGGAGAACCAUCAUUCUCGCGACGCACCGUCCUGAGUUCUGCAUCGAAGCGGCACGAUACGUUGUCACCGUCAAAGAUGGAACUGCUGUUGGGAAAUCGCAAGUUCCUGACCUUUCAAAGAUUAAGUUUUCCGCAACUGUGUCUUCAGAUGCGCAUACUACCAAGGCCGAGGAAACUGCUGCUAAGCCUCCUAUGUAUCCGGCAUACGACUUUACCUGGCCGGUGCUUUUAUUACGUAGCGAGUCGAGCCAAAGCACAGCCGCCCUCUGGAACGUGUCACUCUAUCUUUUAAUCUCCAUUGUCAAUGUUGUGGCUCUCACAUCUCAAGCUCUUGUUUUCGCUACGGCCGGGAUGGCUGCCUCGAGGUCUAUCUACGAGAGCUUGAUUCAAAGUGUCUUGACAGCCACCUUAUCCUGGAUAGACUCGACACCAUUUGGGCAGCUCUAUCAGAUAAUUGAUACGGACAUGCAUGUAAUUGAUAAUUUGAUUGCACCUGCAUUCAAUGGCAUCCUGGGAACACUUAUCAAUCUUGGAACCAUUAUUGCCGUCAGUCUCUACUCCAAUCGUUUUACAGCAAUCAGCGCGGUCACAAUAUUAGCGGUGUAUGCGUACAUAGGGCCUAAGAUGAUCCAGUCGGGCGGAAGGUUGCGACCACUUCUCGGGCCAGCCUCUCAUCCAGUCGACGACCACACCAACGCCAUGAUUAUUGGACGAGCUACUAUUCGCGCAUUCGGCCGAACUCCGCUGUUUAUGGAGCGCUAUUGCGGCUUGGCCGACAAUUUCUCCAAGGUUGGGAUACACAUCCAAAUCGGAAACUGCUGGACGCUCAUACGAUCAGGCGCUCUGGGCUGCGCUUUUGUGGUUACAACAGCGGCGGCUAUGGUCUACAACAACGUCGAUGCGGCAACAGCUGGAUUUACCAUUACCUUGGCUCUUCAGAUGAAAGGCACCUUGUCGAAGCUCUUGAAUCAGGUUUCUGCCAUUCGCAUGGGCAUUACAGCCGCUGACCGGGUGAUUGCCUUGACAGAGGUGCCGACGGAGACAGACACAGGAAGACGGGUCGCAGACUGGCCAUCUCGGGGGACUGUGGAGAUCAAGGGAGUCACAAUGAAGUAUGGACCAGAUUUACCACCGGCGCUCAAGGACGUGUCGCUUUGUGCACCGUCUCGGCAGCGAAUUGGCAUUGUUGGACGGACCGGUGCUGGAAAAUCCAGUCUCACCAAUGCGCUCUUGCGAUUUGUCCCUGUCACUGACGGCCAGAUUUUUAUUGACGGCGUGGAAGUUGCCGAAGCAUCUCUGCAUCAGCUUCGCAGCUCUGUCAGGCUCAUUCCCCAAGACCCUGUGCUUUUCUCCGGCACGCUCCGCGCCAACAUUGAUCCAUUCGCGGAGAAGACGGAUGAGCAGGUUCAAUCCGUCCUGGAGCGUGUGCGCCUCGCCCGUGCCAAACCGACCCAGCCAUCAGAGAAGGCGCCCGCGCUCGGCUUGGACACAAACAUCGAGUCCGGCGGCACCAACCUGUCGCACGGCCAGCGCCAGCUGGUCUGCCUCGCACGUGCCAUCUUGGCGCAGUGCCGCGUUCUUGUUCUUGACGAGGCCACAAGCGGAAUGGACGAGGCUACCGACUCGGCCAUUCAGAAGAUCAUCGCCGAGGAGUUUUGCGAUGCUACGGUGAUUGUCGUUGCGCACAAGCUGCUGACGGUAGCCGGCUUUGACAAGAUUGUUGUCAUGAGCCAGGGCCAAGUGUUCGAGUCAGGGUCUCCAGCAGAGUUGUUGGAAAAUAAGGGCAUGUUUUGGGACAUGGUAGCUUGUAGCGGUGAGCAGGCCAAGAUCGAAGCUGCGGCGAGGAAAGUCUAG